GAGAGAGAGAGAGAGAGACUGACGUACCCUAGAAAAAAGAGAGAAAAACUAGAGUGAAGAAGCAGACGGUGGAGGGAUAAAAGUUUAUGUCCCAGGGUCCUCCACCAUGUCGUCUCUCCCGAAAGAAACGCCUCCAGAAGAUGCCAACAACGAGAGCUUCUGGAUGCCAGGGAACUACCAGCGCACGGUGAAGCGCACCGAAGACUCCUUCCAGGCAUGCAACGACAUCGUGGCCUGCUUCCAGGAGCGCGCCCGAGUGGAGCGGCAGUAUGCCCAGCACCUCAGCGAGUGGAGCAGCAAGUGGAAGCCCCUGGUGGACACCAGCCCUCUCUAUGGAUCCCUCCUCCAGGCGUGGCAGUGUUUCCUCUCCUCUGCCGAGCGCCUGUCCGCCCUGCACUCCUCCAUCUGCCGCGCUCUCGUUUCGGAGGACGGGGACAGGGUGAGGACCUGGCAGAAGGAGACUUUUCACAAAAAGAUGUUCGGAGGCUUCCGGGAGUCCCAGGAUUUCGAAACUGGCUUUGCGCGUGCCCAAAAGCCCUGGGCAAAGAGGUUGAAGAAGCUGGACAAGGCCCGCGGCGCGUACCACAAGGCCUGCCGCAAGGAGCAGACGGCCUGCAACCGGGAGACGCACGCCAAGGGGAACCCCGACAUCGCCAUCGAGAAACAGAGGAAGAUACAGGAGGAGAGGGAGCUGGCCAGCGAGGAGACGAAGAAGAUGCGCACUCGCUAUGAGAAGGUGUUAGAGGAAGUCACACGGUACGCUCCACGCUACAUGGAGGAAAUGGAGUCCAUUUUUGACCAAUCACAGGAGGAGGAAAGGAAGAGGAUCAGCUUCCUCAAACAGGCCUUCCUGUCGAUUCACAGACACCUGGAUAUCACCAACAACGAGAGUAUGAAAGCAGUGUACAGCGAGCUCCAUCAAACCCUCAUGGCCAUCAGUGAGCAGGAAGACUUGCGCUGGUGGAGGAACACUCAUGGCCCAGGCAUGCCCACCGACUGGCCCCAGUUUCAGGAGUUUAUUCCUGAUAACAAGCAGAAGAAAGGAAAGAAGCCAGUUGAACAGACAGACACUUUGGAGAGAAGCGUGAUGAUAGGAGGAGUGAAAGUGAGAGCUCUCUAUGACUACAUAGGACAGGAUCCCGAUGAACUGUCCUUUAAAGCAGGUGAAGAGUUCCUGAAAAUUGAAGAUGAGGAUGACCAGGGCUGGUGCAGGGGAAUGAAAGACGGAGGCAGAGAAGGCUUGUACCCAGCUAAUUAUGUCGAGGUCUUGCAGUAAUGUCAUCUCAGGACAAAGGGGAACUAAUUGAUUAUCACGCUCCCUUGUCAAAAAUAUCACCACGGUGGCAACAUGUAUCUGUUCCUUUUGCUCCACGUUGUUGAUGAAAAUGGAC